UGUAUGUCAUUUCAAUUCUUCACUCCAUAUGGCUAGUACUCCAGCAUGUUGAUCGUCACCAGAGUCGGCUGUAUAGGAAUAACAAAAAACACGCACAACAUCUAUGGAUAGAACAUUUAGUACCCUGUGUGUAAGAGGGGCGGACUUGAAUUAAAGAGGAAUAGAGGGGGCUACAACGCAAAACCCAUACGAUACCGACUGAAAUUUCACCAGAGCACAGGAGCCGGGGAAGAAUUAAAGGAGGGAACACAAGGAAUUUCAUAGUGUGUGAUGCCCAGACGCAGAAAUGACCACCGAUAAGGACCUGUCCAUGGAUGGCCAGUCGGCUAUGGCCAUGUUUGCUGCCAAGGGCAUAGACGUGACGCCCAACAAAGACCAAGGAGUUGUCAAGGUUGUGAAGCGGCAGGGGGUUGAUGGAGAGCGCCCUAUGAUGGGGGACAGAGUGACUGUCCACUACACUGGAAAACUGUUGAACGGGAAGAAGUUUGACUCCAGUCUUGAUCGCAAGGAGCCUUUUUCCUUUAAUCUGGGCAAGGGACAAGUCAUCAAGGCCUGGGACAUCAGCGUGUUGUCUAUGCAGAAGGGAGAGGUGUGCACGCUACUAUGUAAGCCAGAAUAUGCGUAUGGAUCUGCUGGGAACCCUGGCAAAAUUCCUCCUAACUCAUCGCUACUGUUUGAGAUGGAGCUGCUCAGCUUUGAAGGAGAGGUGCUUACAGAUGAUGGUGGCAUCAUAAGAAGAAUCAAAGUCAAAGGGGAUGGUUACACUAAUCCUAAUGAUGGCGCAACUGUUGAUGUCCACCUGGAGGGAAGCUGUGGGGGGCGGCUGUUUGACUCGAGGGAUGUCCGCUUUACUGUCGGUGAGGCAGAGGACAAAGGAGUUCCUCUUGGAGUUGACCGAGCCAUGGAAAAGAUGCAGAAAGGAGAGUGCUGUAUACUUCACUUAAAACCCAAGUAUGGCUUUGGAAGAGAGGGUAAACCAGAGUACAAGGUUGGACCAAACAAAGACCUUGUAUAUGAAGUUACCCUUAAAGACUUUCAGAGGGCCAAAGAAUCCUGGGAAAUGGACUUGAAUGAGAAGCUGGAGUUGGCAUCUGGAGUUAAGCAUAAAGGGAAUCAAUACUUCAAGGCAGGGAGGUUCCACCAGGCAAUCAUCCAGUACCAGCGCAUCGUUUCCUGGCUAGAAAUGGAGUGUGGUGUUGGGAUGGAGCAGCAGAAGAGGAUACAGGAUUUUCUUUUGAUAUCCCAGCUCAAUCUGGCGUUGUGUUUCCUGCGACUGAAGGAGUUUUCUCACGUAGUAGAGAACUGCAACAAAGUGAUUGAGCUAGAUGGGAAGAAUGAGAAGGCUUUGUAUCGUCGUGGGGAAGCCCGUCUCCUUCGUAAUGAGUUCAGCCUGGCCAUGGCAGACUUUCAGCAAGUUCUGCAAGUCAACUCCUCAAACCGAGCCGCUCGUGCUCAGAUCUCCAUCUGCCAGCGCAAAAUCAGGGAACACCAUGAACAAGACAAGAAGAUCUAUGCCAACAUGUUCCAGAAGUUUGCAGAAUACGAUGCCAAGGUUGGGAAGAUGAAGAGGAGGCGGGAUGAGAGCGUGAAGAGCGAUGAGAACAGUGGAGUGGGCAUUAAACGACGACGGAGGAGUCAGGACUGUGCUUCGUAACAAUGGCCUCUGACAAGGAGAAAGGAAGGCAGGCCUCCCUUUGCUUCCAGUAUCGAGUCCAGGGGCAGAGGCAGGAACAGAGUCGGACAAAACCCUCUAAUCCAAACCUCAUCAUCCCAAAACCCCAUGUCACCAUUCCUGCAUUUGAAGUGGAGUGUGAGUAGGGACGUUUGCAAGCCAAACAGCACUUGUCCUGUCACAUCGACUGCGCAACUGCCAAGAUGUACCUCCAAAUGGGGUCAGUACCGCACAGUCACUGAUAGGAUAAGCUGUGAUAGAUUGGUGGCCACCUUUUUGAUUGCUGAGUUUCGCUUUGCAUUGACUUCAAAAUUAUAGAGGAACUCAAUUGCCGUUGUCAUUAGGCCAUUGUUUAGAGUUGAGACUUGUCCACACAGUGUAUAUUUGAUUCCAAAACUGCACAUGUUGGUAUUCAUACCUCUGACUUUAUUUGGUAUUAAGCCUUAUUUGGCAGCUGCAUGCAUGGAUCACAAGCUGUUUGGGAUUCAGACUUGAAACUUUUUUGAUGUGCAAUAUGUGCUCUGGAUAAAAGGUGGAAUAAGUCAAGAGAACCUAGUAGUGUUUUGAAAAAAAUAAAAAAAAUAAAUAAAAUAAAUAAAACAAACAAACAAACUAACUAACAAACAAACAAACAAACAAAAAACAAAACAAAACAAACAAACAAACAAACAAAAAAACAAUCAGCACAGCUUUUCUGUGCUGACAUCAGAAAAAAGAAAGUUGCCCAUAAUCUGUAUGGAUUAAAAACAGGCCAUGGUUCCUGAAAAUCAGAAUUAAGUUUAUUACAAAAUCUUUAUGAAUCACUGAUACAAAACCUAGAUUGUCCAUCAGCAGGAGAGAUAGUAGAAUCAGAAAAAAGCACAAACUAGAGGUACUAUGAUAUACCAAAAAGCAUAUAAAUGUUAUCCUGGCUGCUAUUACCCUUUUAACAAAACUAUAAGAAAAUGUUGUACUUGAUUACCCAAAUGACCUAAUCAAAAUGACACAAUGAAAAUGUCAGCUUUUAUUUUACUAGUAUGUUGUAGUUUAGUUUAUUAGAAUCCCCAUUAGUGACUACCUAUUAUCUACUCUAACCAGUACUUUUUUUAAACUCUGUAACCUAACAAUAGAGGAUAAAUUGUCAUGGAGUGUAGUUAGUAGUAGUAAUUUCAGAAACACAUUUAUCUUUUCUUUUUUUUUUUUUUUUAAGGGUGAGCUGUCUCUUAAGACAAAUUAGACCGGCGGCCAUACAUUAAAAUGAUUUAUCCAUGAACACAUGCAUGAUGGUUCAACCUAUUCUCCAGAUGCAGUUAAGUCAGUACCUUUCUUAUAUAUUGUAUCCAUAAAACAGAUCAGGCAAUACAAAUCCUCUCCUCUAUGAGAAGCCAGUCUGCUAUCAUUAGCUUGGCAACUGCAAAUAAGAUCUCUCUGCUCCUGACUUAUGGUUGAUUUUGGUGAUUUAGGAAAUGAGGCUUAUUUUUCUGUUGCACUCAAACAAUGUUGCUCCGCAUUUGCUACAUGCAUAAAAUCCAAUGUAAAUAUCAUUACAGACAUCUUAGUUCUUGAAACUAAAAUCAGAAAAUGUAUAGUCUCGGUGCCACCUAAGUAGACCAUUUGACCAUCACCCUGAUUCCACCUUUGUAUACGAGGGGGCAGAUGUUGUAGUGCAGACUCCCAGUUGGAGAGGGCAGCCAACCAGUAGAAACUACAACAAAGCUUUAAGUAUGAAUUGCUAAAAACAACAACAACAACAAAAAAAAACACAGUUCUCUCUGAAUCGAUCCCAAAUCUUUGUACUUUCCUCUACAUUUUUUGAAAAUUCUGGUAAUGUGAUCAACUAGACCAUUUUACAGUUGUGUAGUUCUGUUUGCACUGGUCCAGCAAAAGGUGUCUCUGUAGUCCACUGCUUUUAUUUUCUUAUGUAUGAGUGUUAGAUUGUGGACAAUAAUGCACUUUGGCUAAGAUUGUAUAACCACCACUGUUGUCUUUUCCUGAAAAGCCUGGAUCAAAUCUUGGCUAUAAAUUGUAAAUGUUUGUUAAACAUUGGCUGGUUCAGAAUGAAAAACUUUAGCUGUCUCAAAUAUUUGAUGUAAAAGGCAUGUGCAUCCAAGAAGAAACAUCAACAAUGUGCAUAUGUGUGUGUGUUUGUGUGCUAACAUUUUUGUCAAGGAAUAUGCAGUGCUCUUUGUUAGUAAGAUUUUUGAAUGGAUUAUUGGUAAAUGUUUUCAAUUAAGUGCUGCUGGUUAUAAACAUUGAACCAUUUUGUAUAGUAUGAAGUACUCUUUUCUAGUUAUUAUGAGGGUAAAUUGUGGUGAAAAAAGAAGGAAAAAAGGCACAUUUGACUUGCUGGCUGCAAUUAAUUUACAUAUGUAAAUGUGGGAAGAAUCCACCCUUUACGACCCACAUUACCAACAUCUUUGUAAAAAAAAAAAAAAAAAAAAAAA